CCAGCAUCCAAAUGUUCUUUGAACAGACCUGAAUGCGUCCAGUAGUCGGCCGCCAACUGCCGCACGAGUCAAAAACGCAUUCGAAAGUGAUAACACGUGAAAAUGUUGCGGGCAGCUACCAAAAAUGUGUUCAAGCGUCCCAAGGUACGCCAUUAUAGUAGUGCGGAAGGGCUGCCUACUCAAGCCGACGUCGUUGUUAUUGGUGGAGGAGUAGCUGGUACCAAUGUUUUGUACCAACUCGCAAAGCGUGGAAUCAAUGCAGUCCUUUUGGAACAAGCAAAGAUUACUGCCGGUACCACAUGGCAUACAUCUGGCCUUCAUUGGCGUCUUCGGCCCAACGAUGUCGAAGUACAACUUCUUGCAAGAACGAAAAACCUGCUUGAAUCAUUAGAGGCCGAGACGGGCCUUAACUCUGGAUAUAUCCAACAUGGUGGAUUGUUUAUCGCCAGAUCAAAGGAACGUAUUGAAGAAUACUCCAGAUUGCAUACGUUGGGACAUUUCUUCGGGAUUGAAAGCCAAAUGCUUUCACCAGGAGAAGCUGUAAAAUUGUCCCCCAUUUUGAACCCUGAUGAUUUCACAGCGGCAUUAUACAGUCCAGGAGAUGGUGAUAUUGAUCCGUCAAUGUUUUGCUCUGCAUUGAUCAAAGGAGCUACGAAAAGUGGCGGUAAAGUGUUUGAAAACACUGCAGUCACUAAUAUCCUCCUUGAUCGCACAGGUGGAAUUAAAAAAGUGGUUGGAGUAGAGACAGAUAAAGGCACAAUCAAAACCAGUCUGGUUGUUAAUGCUUGCGGAGUAUGGGCGAGGAAUAUUGGCAAGAUGGCCGAUGUGGAAGUACCUAUUAGUCCCAUGAAACACGCUUAUAUCAUAACUGAAUCAAUUCCAGAAGUUAAAGGUACUCCAAACAUUCGAGAUCAUGAUGCUUCAGUGUAUUUCCGUAUUCAAGGAGAUUCCAUCCAGAUGGGAGGUUAUGAACCUAAUCCUGUGAUCCUUAAAGACGUCCCAAAUGACUUCCAGUUUUCUCUGUAUGAGUUAGACCAUUCUAUUUUUGAUCAACACAUUGAAAAGGCUUCGAGAUUAUGCCCAGCUUUAGAAAAAGCAGGAGUGAAAUCAACUGUAUGUGGACCUGAAUCAUUCACACCUGAUCACAAACCAAUCAUGGGUGAAGACCCACAUUGUUAUGGUUUAUACCACUGCGCAGGAUUUAACUCAGCUGGUAUGAUGUUGAGUACAGGAUGUGCAGAACAACUUGCAAUUUGGAUGACGAAAGGAAGACCGGAACUGCCAAUGUUUAACUAUGACAUUCGAAGAUUUACCAAGGAUAUGCGAGGAGACCGCGCGUGGAUUACAGAAACAAGUCAUGAGAGUUACGCUAAAAAUUAUUCUAUUGUCUUUCCGCAUGAUCAGUUCCUUUCCGGGAGAAAUAUAAAGAUUGAUCCCUUCCAUGAAGCUUUGGUAGCUCAUGGAGCUGUAAUGGAGCAAGCCCAAGGCUGGGAACGUCCCGGAUAUUAUAUUAAAGACAGUACAGCACCGGUUCGUGGUUACGAUUGGUAUGGAUACUAUGAUCACAACAUAAACGCUGACCAAAGAUACGUUAAACAACUUGAACGUGACUAUAUGUUUGGGUACUCUAAGAAUCACCAUAUUAUUGGCGAAGAAGCCCUGGCUGCACGUAAUAAUGUCGCUCUGUUUAACCUGUCAUACUUCGCAAAGAUGUAUCUGACAGGUCCGGAUGCUUCUGAAGCUGCUGAUUGGUUAUUCACAGCUAAUACCGACAGGGAACCUGAAAAAAUGGUCUAUACCUGCUCGUUGAACUCUAGAGGUGGUGUGGAAGCUGAUGUGACAGUUACACCUUUAAUCCCAGGUGCUGGUAGACUUGUAGGACCCAUUCUUAAAGGGAAAGGUUACUAUAUUGUAGCUGGAGGUGCUUCUGGUAAUCAUACCAUUCAAAACUUUAAGAAACAACUGUACCUGAAGAAGUUCAAGUCUGUUAUUACUAAUGUCACAGACCAACUUGGAGUUCUUUCAAUUCAAGGCCCCAAAAGUGGAGAAUUAUUGCAGUCGAUAACAGAAACACCAAUCACAGAUAAUGCUUUCCCUUAUGGUAUGUCGCAUUUGAUCACAAUCAAUGGCCACACGUGCAGGGCAAUCCGUGUGAGCUUCAUUGGCGAGUUAGGAUAUGAAUUGCAUAUCCCAACAGCGAGUUGUGUACCGAUUUACAAUAAAAUCGAACAAGUAAGUCGUUCAUUCGACUUGAAACACGCAGGUUACCGCGCGUUGUAUUCACUUUCAUGUGAGAAAGGAUACCAUCUUUGGAAUUAUGAUUUGCGUAGUAAUGACAACCCUGUGGAAGCUGGUCUUGGUUUUGUGUGUCGUAAAGAUGGACCAUACCAAGGUAAAGACCAAGUUGAACGAUUAAAGUCCGAAGGCGUGCGUAAACGUCGUUGCUUCUUCACUAUUCCGGACAAAACCGUCACUGUGCACGGAUUGGAGACAAUCUGGAGGGACGACGCCAUUGUUGGAUUCCUACGUCGUGGAGAAUACGGUUACCAUUUGGAUUGUAGUAUAGGUCUUGGAUAUGUAGAGCAUCCAGAAGGUAAAGUGGUAAACAAAGAUUUCCUGCAAAGCGGGCGCUACGAAAUCGAAAUUAUGGGCACGAGAUAUCCGGCUGUUUUACACAUGCAGUCACCAUUUGAUCCCAAAGGCAUGCGAAUGUUAGGUCACUAUGAGGACCAUUUCCAGGAGCAGUCGCAUUUUGAAGAUUAAAUGAUAUUUAUGCUAUGACUUAAUUUUAUCGCAAUUUCCACUGUGUUUUUUAAUAUUUACUUGUUUUUAGUACUUUAUCUAUGUAAUAAAUAUUUGAGUUGA